CAUCUUUCUGUUUGCUCCCAUUUCCAUUCUUGCAUCUCUUUUUUUUUUUCACAUCCUGAAAAUAGCUGACAGACUUUUUCUGACCCAACGCUACAUCCAGGCUCUCGACAAUUAACACGUACCGAAUCCUGCAAAUCCAUACAAACGACGCAUCAAAAUACCAUCAUGGAGAAAUUGACAGAUGACUCGUCCACUGCAUUUACCCAAUUCACGCCGGAAACGUCUGAACAAACUGUCUUGGGUGAAAUCUGGGACGGUCGCCGAUACGCAGUGCCUUGGCCAGGUAACAAGUACAACAUCUUUAUGAAUGACACCAACCGAGUGAUUUGCUCAAAUAAUGCGGGCGAUCUCUACGUCUACGACAAAGACCGCGACGCAGUCAAGCAGCAAACAUGGCUCUGUGUGGAAAAGAAUGGGUACUUUGGCUUUGUUAAUAUCCAUUCCGGCAGAUUCAUGGGCCAUAAUAACCAGGAGAAAUUGCACUCGGCAACAUUUCAUCAUCUCCCCUGGGAGUUCAUGACAGUGAGGAAGCAUCCGGAGGGAGGCUACGAGUUGCUGAUGCCACACUGGUGGCACACACUAAAGAAGGUGUGCGUGUUGCCAGGCUCGGACAAUGUGGUGUUGCGACAGCAUGUAACGACUCUAUGGCAAUUUGUGAAGGUGGAUUAAUCAGGGCUCAAUGUUUCAAGAGCUGUGAUGGAUGCUUCCCUCAAUCAUCCCUUCCCAACAUUUCUGUUCCAUCUCACAAUGUACCUAUGGCCAGGUUGAUUUUACAAGAUGGUUGGUAGCAUACUGUACCCUCAAUAAAAAGCGCCUUGCUCACAGCCUUUAGGCAUGAAGCUGGGGUCGCAUAAGCGGUCUUGUAGGCCUCCCCCAUACACAGUCUCUUAUAGGUCCAGCUGCGACA